CCACAGGUUAGAAAUGCGAUGCUCGGUCCAGAAGAUCCCGUUUACGAUCCACUGCCGUCCGCUACCUCUGUCAGAGUCCUCUACCUAGCUCCCGGUAAGCCUGACGAUGAGGUGUUCUGUUUUCUUUUCCCUUGUGAUCUAGACAAGGACCAUGCUAGAGACACCACAGUCCCGCGGCCCUUUGAAAACCUCUGCAUUGCUCAAGCACAGUCUUCCGCCGCGGACCAUCCACUUCAAUUUCUCCUGCCGCUGGAUUCCUAUAUUGACGAAAGUGCCGAGGAUGACGAGACCUCGAGGACAGCAUCUGCAAGACUAGGGGCUCCAUCUCGCGCCGAACCCCGACAGGAUCAGCGUGGUGAAACACAGGAUGUAGCUGGCGAUGGUGGGAGUAGAGAUGAUUUUACAUCUAUAGGUGGGACACCUGCAAAUGUCGCCGAGAAGAACGGAAUGCCUCGUGAGCAGGCAGCUUCGACAGACGAUCCUAGCUACGAUUCCGUGAGCCGACCCCAUGAAGAACCCAGCGACGACGUAUGGGAUUUGAUGCAGUUGAUGAGGCUACAUCAAGCUGGAGGUGCUCUCAAUGACCACGUUCAUCGACAUCCUUUUCAAAGGUUCUCCGCAUUGUCCUAUGUUUGGGGAAGUAUCGACAACCCGGCGUACAUUAUCAUGAAUGGUAAUACAAAGUUUUGGAUCACCCAAAACCUCUUUCGCGCUCUGAAAUCGCUUCGCCGCCCAGACGUGGCUCAGUCGCUGUGGGUAGAUGCCAUCUGCAUGAAUCAGCAAGACGCCGAGGAGAAGAAGUUGCAAAUCGCCCUGAUGAGAAGAGUCUACCAGCAGGCAGAGAAGGUCAUUGCAUUCGUUCCGCAAACGCCCGAUGACACGCAAAGCCUGAAUGAUCUCGUAGUCAAGAUCCUCAAUGCCGGCCGAAAAUGUCAGGAACUCAUCGAUUCAGGCGUGAUCAUGGACCAAAAUGAACUGCUUGAGAGCACGGAAGCUGCGAACGCGGAGUCACCGGGAGAGGCUCCGUCAAGUCCGUCGAAGAGAGAGAUCAAUAUCAAGCAGCUCCCCUUGAAACCUACGGGCACAUGUAUCGAGGACUAUGACCUGCCUCCUGAGGAUGACCCUGCUUGGAUCGCGUGGAGGAAGUUCUUCGCCUCACCCUACUUUCGACGGAUCUGGAUCCUCCAAGAAUAUGCCAUGGCACGAUCCGUCGACUAUCGCUUCGGUGACGGUCAGGCGCCGUCGAGUUUGAUGCUACUCGCGAUGUACUAUGUGAGAUACAUGAGUAGGCUACUCAACGCUCAUUAUCUAGGUCGCGGCGAGAACUCAGAGCUAACCCGCGCUGCCCUGCUGGGCUGGAAGGGGCUGGAAGGAAUGACAAUCGAGCGAGUAUCCAUUCAAGAUGGCGAUGAGGCGGAGAAGCUGAUCCACAAAAUCCACUCGGCCAUGUCGUUCGAUGCCACUGAUCCGAGGGACAAGAUAUAUGCACUUCUUGGGCUGGUAUCUGAUGCAGGGGCAUUCAUGGACUUGGUAACGUACGAGCAGGAUCAAACGUACGCAAAGGUCUACAGAAGCUUCGCUCGAGCUUUUAUUGAAAACGGCCACUGCGUAAACAUUCUGCGUAUGGCUUGUCUGAUGCCCUGGAACCCGGAGCUGCCAACGUGGAUACCGGAUUGGUCUGCGUCUACCGCGUCCAUGACUUCAGCGAUAUCCUCAGAUCACCGGUUUCGCGCCGGCGGCGAGAGCGAACUCCACGCCACUAUUAACCAAGACCAACUCAUCCUUGCUGGCACCACAUUCGACACGAUCGAGUUCGUAGCAGACGCCUUUGUGCCGUUCAGCGGGAAUUCUCCGCUGAGCGCCGGCGCCCUCCGUCUGCAGGACUUCUUCGAAACCUUCGCCAUCAGCACAGGCCAAGUGUGCAACCACGUGAAUCCACAAGACUCUGCCCCAACCAUGGCACAAAUGUUGUCCGCAAUCUCGAUGCAGCCCAAACCCUUCCUCCUGUCGCAACCCGACCAUGAACCCGGCACCGGCACCGGCACCGACACCGGCGCCCUCAAGGACCUGGCCCUGUGCCAGAUGCUUCUGGUGCGGCUGAUGCACUAUCUGGAGAUCGAAGACCACGCCAACCACAAGGUCGUUUUCACCGCGUUUCCCGAGAAGGACCGGGAUUUCAUCCAGCUCGUCGCAGAGAACACGGUCUCGCGGCGCUUCUGUGUCACGAAAGCGGGCAAGAGAGUCGGUCUUGUGCCUGAACGAGCGCAGGUCGGUGAUCACGUCGCAGUGGUCUUCGGGAUGCCGGUGCCAUUGGUGCUGAGGAAGGUGGUUGGACGAGACGGCGGAGGCGAACCGGCAGAGGCAGAGGAAGAGCACGAGCAGCAGCAGCAGCAGGCGGAGUACAGACUCGUUGGAGAUGCGUACGUCACAGGUGUGAUGCAGGGCGAGAUGCUCGUAGAAGGCAACGUCACUAAUACGGGGCAACGUAUGGUGCUGGUAUAAGGUGAUGCAAUUGUAGGUAUGUGCAGAAGGAAGACAGACAGAGAGACAGAGAGAGAUCCAGGAUCCAAAUUAACGAUCAGUACAGACAUUUUGACACCGGAGGCGAGUAUCC